AUGAGCGAUACUGCUAUCAAGACCGCUCUUGCUACCCUCGAUUCUCUCGAAGCCCGCCUACAGAAGGUUCACUGGUAUCUCAGCGGCAGCGAAGAAGUGGAGGAUACCCUUAAGCAAGUAGCAGCGCAAGGGCGGGACGACACAGUUCAGGCUCGACUGGCUCGACUGGAAAACAACCUGGGCAAGCUCUCUUCCAGAUCGCCGGUUGUACGAGAUUUACUCAAGCUUCAUGCUUCGCAUCCUGAUUUCUUCCACCCGACAACCACCGACGUCCCCACGACCCUGUCUACACCGGAAAUACUAGCAAUCGUUAACUCCUGCGCUCCUUCCUACCAGACCACUGCCUCACGUCUCAACGCCAUCAAAGACCUGCCAAUCCCUCCGGCCGCAGCUUCUGCUUCAUUGGUCGCGUUACAACCACGGCUAUCGAAGCUGGAGCUUUUACAAAAUGAACAGGCAAGGGAUAUGGCAGGUUUGAGAAAGAGAAGUGCGAGGGCGAUCCAGAGGUGGUAUGAGCUGGGUGUGCUGGGAGAAAGCGACUGCUGGACCGAGUGGGAGGGGAGAGUUGUGGAGGUGGAGAAGAGGGUUAGGAGGGAAGAGGGCCGGAUGGCGAAAGAGACGGAGGAGGAUGAGGCCUACGGAGAUUGA